AAUAGAAACAUAUGGCGAACAGUCUUUGUAACUGUUUGUCCUUAUAAUCAGAAACAUUAGGAAAUAGGUGAAUAGGCUUGAGGGGAAGAAGAAUAAAUAUUGGUUUCUACCCGUUUUUUUCCUAUCAUACAAAGUAGAAGAUAGAAUAGAAUGGAUAAAGAACCAUUGUAUUCUGUGUCUCCAGAAAUAUGCUGUAAUACUAGAAUUAGUGAGGAAGCUCAAGAAAAUGCUAAUAAACUUUCUUUUAUCUUAACUGCCAUUGGUGUUUCUCUAGUGAUUAUAGGACAAAUUUGGCCAACAAGUUACGAAUUCAAUUCUGAUUUACCUGCAACAGAAAUGGAAAGUAUUGAAAUAUCAAUGAGUAAUUUACAACAUAAAUUGGAAAUUUGCGUUAUGUCCGGUCUUGUCGUGUCCAGUAUUGGAACAAUACUUAUGGCGUCUACAGUUAUUUACACCUUAUGGGAAUCGUGGGUACUAUCGAGAACAAUCAUACCAAAUGAAGUGUACUUACCCAAUUAUGGAACAGUUAACUAAUUAAUAUAAACAUGCUACUUUUAUAUUGUUCACUUUAAAAGGUCAGGCAGUUCUUGUCUUGUUUAAUUAAUUAACAUUUAUAGCUGAAUUUGAAUAAACGUCUCAGUAAAAUACUCUAUACAAGCAGAUAUUAUAAAGUCCUAUAGGUAAGAAUUGAGUUCAAUUGAGAGAUCCUACAAUUCGUAGGAUUUCUUUUUUUUUGGAAUAAUACUUUUUCAUAGCCCAUAUUUCUAAUUAUUAAAUCAUUUUUAGAAUAUUAGUAUAUGUAUACUGUAUGUAGUAUACAUGAAAACGUACUUUGUAACCGUUAAAACUGUUAAAGACGAUAAAACUAAUACUAUUUAUCCAUCUAUCAUAUAUUU